AUGACGUGCAAUUUUCUUUUCUCUCUAAAAUAUCAGCAAAAUGAAACUUUCUGGCUCUGCAACUGCACUUUGGCCAGAUGCAUUGAAAACAACACCAUUGAGAUAAUUCCGUAUGAAUGCCCAGAGCCUGAGCCAAUCACAUGUACCAAUGGCAAGAAACCAGUGCUACAAUGGGAUGAGUUCUACUGCUGCCAACGAUUCGUGUGUGACUGCGUCUGUGAGGGUUGGGGAGACCCCCAUUACAUCACCUUCGACGGGCUCUUCUACAGCUUCCAAGGGAACUGUACCUAUGUGCUGAUGGAGGAGAUGUUGCCGCGUCACCACUUCAAGAUCUACAUCGACAACGUCAACUGUGAUCCCACCGAGGACGUGUCUUGUCCUCGAUCCAUCAUUGUGUCCUACCGCUCAACAGUUAUAACACUGAAGAAUCACAACCUCAUUGGAGCUGCUCAGUUGGAGGCUCUUAUUGAUGGAGUUUCCCUGAGACUACCCUUCACGCGGCAAGGUGUGAAGGUGAUGAACUCUGGUAUCAACAUGGUCUUGGAGAUAGCACACCUCCAGGUGGUAGUUACCUUUGGAGUCACUGGCUUCAGCGUCAACCUUCCUUGGCAACACUUUGGCAACAAUACACAGGGUCAUUGUGGAACAUGUAGCAACAACCAGGCUGAUGACUGCAUGUUGCCUGGAGGUCAGCUGGUGGAGAACUGUGCUCUGAUGGCAGACUACUGGCCAGCCAAGGACCUCUACCAACCUGACUGCCAUGUGCCACCUGGAAUCCCCACCAACUCUCCUCUCCCUGAACCCACACAGAAGCCAUGCAAGCCAGACUCCUCUGUCUGUGAUCUCCUGAAGGACAGCAUUUUUGCAGCCUGUCAUCCAUUUGUCUCACCUGACAACUUCUACAAGGGCUGUGUCUAUGACAGCUGCCACGUGUCCAACCCAGCGGUGGAGUGCACCAGUCUGCAGACAUACGCUGCUGCCUGUGCCCAGUUCGGAGUAUGCAUCUACUGGAGAAACCACACCGAGCUCUGUGCCAGCGACUGUCCAGCUGACAAAGUCUACAAGCCCUGCGGUCCUGCAGAACAGCCAACCUGUGAUGACAAUCCAGACGAGUCUAGGAUGAACUUCAGCACAGAAGGCUGUUUCUGUCCUGAUGGGAUGAAACUCUUCAACAAGGACUCAGGGAUCUGUGUUGAUAAGUGUGGAUGCAUUGACCCUGAAGGAGUUCCGCGAGAGUUCAACGAGAGGUUUGAGUACAAGUGCCAGGAUUGCGUUUGUUUGGAAUCCACCAAGACUGUGAACUGUAAACCCAAGGUCUGCUCCAAACCACCAGUAGAGAUCUGCACUGGACCAGGCUUUGUAUAUGUCAACCAAACCGAUCCAACCGAUCCAUGCUGCUCCAACCUCGCCUGCCGUUGUGACAGCAGCACUUGCCCACCUACCAACAUGAACUGUCCUAUUGGGUUCGUGCCAGUGGUUUCAGUCCCUGAGGGGAAAUGCUGUCCAGAGCACACAUGUGAGCCUAAAAGAGUUUGUCUUCACAAAGGCAUUGAAUACCUGCCCAAUUCUAAAGUACCAGGAUCAGAGUGCCAGGAGUGCACCUGCACCAACAAAGUGGACCCCAAGUCUGGUCAUUACCAAAUUGACUGUGGAUUCAUGCAAUGUGAUGAAGAUUGUGAAAAGGGAUCUGAGUACCAGGAGCCAGACUACUCCUCAGAUGACUGCUGUGGUAAAUGUGUUCAGACACACUGUGUCCUCCAGAUCAAUGGGACCAUGCAGUUGUUGAAGGUAGGUACCGUUUCUGUCACAUGGAGAACAUGGUCUGCUCCUGGUGACAAGUGUCAGCAGUACAGCAAAAACGGUGAUAGUUAUCUGACCCAGAGCUCCAACAUCCAUUGCCCACCCUUCCAGCAGGCCAACUGCCAGCCUGGUUCAAUUCAGACCGCUGCAAACGGCUGCUGUAGAAUUUGUGUGGAGAAGGACAAGGCCUGUAAGGUAGGAUCCAUGAAGAGUUUCAUCAACCACAAGAGCUGCCAGUCUGUUGAGGAGGUGGAGAUGCCGUACUGUGAGGGAUCCUGCAACACCUUCACCAAGUACUCUGCCAUGGCUGCGUCUCUGGAUCACUCCUGUGCCUGUUGCCAGGAGUCCCGGUCCAGUAACCGCACGGUGGACCUACGUUGUCUGAAUGGAGAUGUGGUGCCCUACACCUACCUACACGUGGAGGAGUGUAGCUGCAGACACAGCGACUGCAACAGAGCCAUUAGGGUGCCUGCCCGCAGGACACGCAGCAACACACUGGUGUAAAUGGCAUCUGUACUAAUACAGAUGGGAAUGGUCCAGCACCAAUCCACUCGCUGCUUACUAAGGAACACCCUGCUACCCUGCUUCACAUGGCUGUUAUUUAUCUAAUCGCUUUGAUUUAUAUGUCAAAUGUAGAUUAAAUCAUAUUUAAAAUGUAGAAACUUAUGCUUAAUUAUCUUAUUAAAAUACAACCUUCAAAUA